UCAGGGGUCCGUCUGUGUCAGUUCUUUUGUGUCAGCUUGGUGUGUCUGGGCCUUAACACUAGAACCGCCAAGGGGGUACAUUUUACCCCUGAGCAUUUUCAAAUGCAUGUCACUCUGUUAAAAUACAACCCCUACAUCUCUUAUUUCAUGACUUUUCCUAAAAUUGUUUUAUUUAUAAUCUGGUGAAUUGUGGGGUGUGUGGGAUAAAAGAAAAAGAAAAUAUAAGCAUUAAUACCUAGAACUGCGGAAGGGGGUACAUUUUUACCCCUGAUGAACAUAUGUCGCGAGCCGUUGUGAUUGACAGCUGUCCGCGAGCUGAUGGACGUUCACGCCACUGGUCCGGUUGCUUAGUAACGCCCAUUGUAGAGAAAUGUUGAUAAAGAAAUGUCAUAUCACCAGCGAAAUACACCAUAGGUUAGUGAUUCAGAUAGAAAACAUGGACCCUAACAGAAGAAUGAAUGUGGAAGAAGCCCUAGCAAUGCUCCAGGCGAUGAGCGAGGCCGAAUCCGAAGGGGGAGAGAAAACCGAUGGAGAAUCUGAUGAGGGAGAGGUCAAAGAUCCGUCAUUUUCAACGGAGGAGGAAUCCUCAUCUGAGGAUUGGGAGCCGACACCCCGAAAAAGGCCCAGGGUUCUGGUGGCAGCGAGACCACCCACUCCUCUACCCAUGUUAUCGCAUCAGCCUGCUGACGCUGUGACAGAUAAACCAGUGUCGGCCCAUCAUGAUUCGCAUGAGACUGGCAAGGAUGGAACUCUCUGGAUACCAGAGAAUCCUGGACUGCGCACUGGGAGAGUGAAGUCUAACAAUGUGUUGACAGAAGGAGCCGGCCCAACCGCACAUGCGCGCCGCAACAUAGACGACCCUCUGAGCGCAUUUAUGUGUCUGAUGGACCCUGUGAUGCUGAAGCACAUCUGUGACUGCACGGUGGCAGAGGCGCACCGGUGUGGAGAGGAAGGAUGGAAGUUGAGCUUUGCUGAGCUGAAGGCGUUCAUUGCACUUCUUUUAGCGCGGGGCGUGCACAACGGGAGAAUUGUGGAAGACUUGUGGUCUCAAGAAUGGGGUCUUCCCUUCUUUAGCACAACUAUGGCAAGGCACCGAUACAGAGACAUAAUGCGCUUCCUGCGUUUUGAUAAGAAAGACACCAGGCGCAGUCGUCUUGGAAAUGACAAGUUUGCCCUUGUGAGUGAGGUGUGGGACAGGCUUGUCCAAAACAGCAUCGCGUGCUAUAAACCAGGGUCCGAAAUAACUGCAGGUGAGCAGUUGCUCCCCACAAAGACAGGGUGCCCCUUUACUCAGUAUAUGCCCAACAAACCAGACAAAUUUGGUAUUAAGUUCUGGCUCGCUGUUGAUGUGGAGUCAAAAUACAUGUUAAAUGGCUUUCCCUAUCUCGGGAAGGAUCCGUCCCCUUCUGCAACCCAGAGCCAGGGGGAGAGUGUUGUCCUGGAGCUGAUGGAGCCGUUUUUGGGGAAUGGGAGGAAUGUGACGACUGAACACUUUUUCACCUCACUCCCCCUGGCCCACAAACUCCUGGCAAAAAAUACAAGCUUGGUGGGCACCACUAAUAAAAAUAACAAAUCACUGCCUCCUUCUGCACACCAACGAGCAGCACUGUUCACCACCAAAGUGAUGAAAAGUGACCAAGCAACGCUCACCAUCUACCAGGAGAAAAGGAAGAAGAACGUGUGCAUCCUCAGCACAAUGCACAGAUCAGUGGAGAUUUGCGAUGACACGAAAAAAAAGCCAGAGACAGUCAACUAUUAUAACAGAACGAAGGUGGGAGUUGACAUGCUGGACAAAAUGCUGAGACAGUACUCUGCUCGAGCCACAACCAGAAGAUGGCCAGUCGCUGUUUUCUAUAACAUACUGGACAUUGCAGCAAUGAACGCGUGCGUCCUGUACCGGGGCUGCACCGGUUCAAACCCGUCCCGGCCAGUGUUUAUCCUGGAGCUGUGUAAGCUGCUGCGCAAAGAGCACAUCAGUAAGCCCAAAGUAGGCAUCUUGCCAUCAUUCCCCGAAAAGAGAAGGAAUUGCGGUGUAAAGCGCAACUGCAGAGAGAACAAAACCACCAAAACAUGCAUGGUGUGCCAACGUGGUGUGUGUGGACAGUGCAAGGGAAUAGUGAACGUCGUGUGUGCCGAUUGUGUGUGUGGCUACAGCACAAUCACAUUUAGUUGAGAAAAUGCCUGUCAGUGGUGGUAUCAUUCCUUAAUUGUGUCACUAAUCAUCUCAUUUGAAUAACCGACUAUAACGUUUGUGUCGUUUCUGUUGCAGUUUACAUAAAAAUGUCAAAUGGGCUGCCUGUAAAAUGUCUUGAGGGACAGCACCCUGCUUACUCAAAACACGUUAUUUUCCAAAAUGCAUUUCAAUGUUAAUAAAUGUUUUUUAAAUUAAAAUGUAAUUGUUUAUAAAAUGUUAAUAUGUGGUAUUUCCUUUUUGUUUGACCGUUGUAAUAUUUUGAGUAACUUCCAAAUGAAUUUUAAAAUGCGUCGAUCUGCACUGAGAUAAAGCAAUUGUAAAAUGAUUAACACCCAAUAAACUAAAGUUUGAACAAU